AUGUCAGCAAUCAGGCAGAGAGUAGCGCAGCUUUCCCGGCAAGCCCGGGCAGCGCGGCCGACGGGUGUGCUGAAGAACACGAGAUCCUACGCCUCGAGCCAUGGCCACGAUCACCACGAGCAUGCCCACAAUGUCGCGGAACCGCUUGGGUCUGCGUUCUACAUCACUGUCGGCACGGUUGCCGCCUCCAUCUUCGUCUACUCGAUCUCGCGCCCCAGUGAGGACGGCCAGCCCUCGGCCAUCCACAAGUGGUUUGAGAAGAUAUCAGACUACGGCAACGAGUGGGAGACAAAGAAUCACCUUAUGACGGCAGCGCUCCAGCAAGCGGCUCAUGACAAGCAUCUCCUCUACCACGCUGAGCGGAGCAAGCAUUACGAGCUCACCUACCCUGAGGUCUUUACACAAGGUUCACCACACAACGUCCCCGCCGGUCAUUACAUCAACAUUGACAAGGUCAUCGCCCACUACAAGCAACAACAUCUCGACGAAGAAGCGCGCAAAGCAAAGAGGUUGGCUGCAGCGUCCCAGUAG